CUUUCUUCACUCUCAGAUCUUUAAAAAAUAAAAAAAUUUACGUCUUCCCUUUGCUCCCUUCUUUCUUUCCUUCCCUUUCCUCUCUGUGUCUCUCGCCUUCGCACAUUCUGAUCAACAAUGGCCGCCGCAACCUCAUCUCGCGAGGAUUUCGUUUACAUGGCCAAGCUGGCCGAGCAGGCUGAGCGCUACGAGGAGAUGGUGGAGUUCAUGGAGAAAGUCUCCGCCGCCGUCGAAAACGAGGAGCUUAGCGUGGAGGAGCGGAACCUUCUCUCCGUGGCUUACAAGAACGUGAUCGGCGCGCGACGUGCCUCCUGGCGCAUCAUCUCCUCCAUCGAGCAGAAGGAGGAGAGCCGUGGCAAUGAGGACCACGUGUCCGUGAUUCGCGACUACCGGGCCAAGAUCCAGACUGAGCUCUCCUCGAUCUGCGACGGGAUCUUGAAGCUUCUCGACUCGAGACUCAUUCCCACUGCUACUGUGGGUGAUUCUAAGGUUUUUUAUCUCAAGAUGAAGGGAGAUUACCAUAGGUACCUGGCUGAGUUCAAGACCGGAGCAGAUCGUAAGGAGGCCGCUGAGAGCACUCUUACUGCUUACAAAGCCGCUCAGGAUAUUGCAAACGCAGAGCUAGCUCCUACACACCCGAUCCGCCUGGGAUUGGCCCUGAACUUCUCCGUGUUCUACUAUGAGAUUCUUAAUUCCCCUGAUCGCGCUUGCAAUCUUGCCAAGCAGGCUUUUGAUGAGGCAAUUGCUGAGUUAGACACCCUGGGAGAGGAGUCUUACAAGGACAGCACUCUGAUUAUGCAACUCCUUCGUGACAAUCUUACUCUCUGGACCUCCGAUAUGCAGGAUGAUGGAGCAGAUGAGAUUAAAGAAGCACCCAAGCGUGACGAGGAACAACAACCACCACAGCAGUAGCAUGGACCAUACUCUACUGCAAAUUAGGGUUCAAUGAACUUCUCCUUUAUAUAUUUUUGAUUGGAGAAGAUGCUUGUUUCCUAAUUUCCCUACUGCUAUUAAAGGAUAUUUAGUCAUUCUUGUCUUAUUGAAUAUUUGAUGUACUGAGAUUUACUCUAUCCCCUUUUUAGUUUGCCCUAUUAAUUCUGUGUGCCCAUUUUUAUUGUUCAAAAGACCUUGAUGCCUCGUCUUAUUUCAAAUUCCAUUAGAAGGUUUUGAUGCUUUGAAUAAAUGCUUUCCUCUUUU